AGCAUCCCGCCGAUCCCGGAUUCCUCAUCCCAUUCCCAUCCCGAUCCCAUUCCCGGGGAUCGGACGCGGGAACCAUGUCGAAGCGGCUGCGGAGCAGCCAGGUGUGCGCCGACUGCAGCGGCCAGGAUCCCACGUGGGCGUCUGUAAACAGGGGGAUCCUAAUCUGCGACGAAUGCUGCAGUGUCCAUCGGAGCCUGGGCCGACACAUCUCCCAAGUGCGGCAUCUUAAACACACACCGUGGCCAGCGACGCUGCUUCAGAUGGUUGAAACGCUGUAUAAUAAUGGUGCUAAUUCUAUAUGGGAACAUUCUUUGCUCGACCCAGCCUCUGUUAUGAGCGGAAGGCGGAAAGCCAGUCCACAGGAUAAAGUACAUCCCAAUAAGGCAGAGUUCAUCAGAGCUAAGUACCAGAUGUUAGCAUUUGUUCAUCACUUGCCAUGUCGGGACGACGACAGUGUUACUUCCAAAGACCUGAGUAAGCAACUCCAUUCGAGCGUGAGGACAGGCAAUCUGGAGACGUGUCUGCGAUUGCUGUCUUUAGGAGCUCAAGCGAACUUUUGUCACCCUGAGAAAGGAAACACCCCACUUCACGUGGCUUCUAAAGCGGGGCAGAUUUUGCAGGUCGAGCUGUUGGCGAUCUACGGCGGCGACCCGGGCACCCAGGACUCCAGCGGGAAGACACCCGUCGAUUACGCGAGACAAGGAGGCCAUAAUGAACUGGCAGAACGCCUUAUAGAAAUACAGUAUGAACUCACUGACAGGCUGGCCUUCUAUCUUUGUGGGAGGAAACCAGAUCACAAGAACGGACAGCACUUUAUCAUUCCUCAGAUGGCAGAUAGACGGCUCCUGGAUUUGUCAGAACUGGCUAAAGCUGCUAAGAAGAAACUUCAGUCACUAAGUAACCACCUGUUUGAAGAACUCGCCAUGGACGUAUAUGAUGAAGUCGACAGGCGGGAAACGGAUGCAGUUUGGCUCGCUACCCAGAACCACAGUACCUUGGUAACCGAGACAACGGUGGUUCCCUUCCUUCCGGUAAACCCGGACUACUCCUCCACAAGAAAUCAGGGAAGACAGAAACUAGCCCGGUUCAACGCUCACGAAUUCGCGACCCUGGUUACCGACAUUCUGAGUGAUGCCAAGAGGAGACAACGAGGAAAUACCAGCUUAGGCUCUAAAGACAACGUGGAGCUCAUCCUGAAAGCAAUCAAGAGCCAACACAGUAGCGAGAGCCAAGACAACGACCAACCCGAUUACGACAGCGUUGCGUCCGACGAGGAUACGGAUUUAGAAACGACAGCGAGCAAAGCCAACAGACAAAAGAGCCUUGAUUCAGACUUGUCAGAUGGAUCGGUCACUGUGCAAGAAUUUAUGGAGGUGAAAAACGCCCUAGUGGCUUCCGAAGCAAAGAUUCAACAACUAAUGAAGGUGAAUAACAACUUGAAUGAUGAGCUGAGAAUUAUGCAGACAAAGCUUCAAACACUACAGAGCGAAAACACCACCCUCAGGAGACAGGCCACAACCAAUCUAUAUCAGGGGCAAACAGUUUCCGAAUACCCAGACACUUCCAACCAUUCUUCCCUAAAACGGCGCCCGUCAGCUCGGAGCAGCCGGCCCAUGUCCAUGUACGAGACGGGCUCGGCUCCCAGUCCUUACCUCCCCAUGGGCGAAGCCACCUACCCAGAAGAGAGCGUUACCAGACUGCAGCCCUUCCCGCCUCACAUCGGGAGGAGUGCGCUCGGGACCUCCUCUUCAUCCCUGCCUUCCUUCCCCUCCACGCUUUCCUGGUCCAGGGAUGAAAGCACCCGAAGGGCCUCCAAAUUAGAAAAGCAGAGCAGCGUGCCCGAAAACGAUUACGAUAACACGGCCAACAAUUCAGACAUGGAUGACACAGGGUCAAGCAGGAAGGGGAGACAGAGAAGUGUGAUUUGGCAGGCAGAAGGAGCUAUUCCAGAGGGAGGAGACGCACAUGUCGUCCCAAGCCCGCUCCUCCCCAGCACGGAGGAUGUCAUUCGGAAAACCGAGCAGAUCACCAAAAACAUCCAGGAGCUCUUAAGAGCCGCUCAAGAGAACAAGCAUGACAGUUACAGCCCGUGCUCCGAGAGGAUUCACGUGGCCGUGACGGAGAUGGCAGCCCUGUUUCCCAAAAAACCCAAGUCGGAAACGGUGAGGGCUUCCCUGCGGCUGCUGACGUCCAGCGCCUACCGGCUCCAGUCCGAGUGCAAGAAGACCCUCCCGGGGGAGUCCAGCCCCCCGACGGACAUCCAGUUCGCGACCCAGCAAGUGAUCCAGUGUGCCUACGACAUUGCCAAAGCUGCCAAGCAGCUGGUCACCAUCACCACCAAAGAAAACAACAACUGAGGCGCUCGGUCUAUUUUUUUUUCCUCCCCCGAAGUCUUUUUCAAGGCCCCACGGCCACGUGAGACGGGGGGUUUUUUACGACAAAGAAAAAAUUUAGGGGCUGACUAUAGACUUUUUUAAUAAAAGCUCAGUAUUAUUUUUGCAUGUUUUCUAACCGAUUUUCAACUAUUAAUUUAACCCACUUGCCUUAUUUUGUGCCGGUUCUGCCAACCCAGUUUACUGUGUUCUAAGCUGUUGGAAACAGCCCAUGGAGUCAACGUCUCUGUCCAAAAAAAAAGCGCCUCGUUAUUUGAAGUCGAUCGGCAGUUCACCAUUGUCAUCGCAAGUCACGUCCGUGGGGUGAAAGGAUACGUUUCCGGCAAGAUUCUCCCGAAGCUAUUCGAUACCCAGCGAUGUACUCUUAUCUUAUCGAGCGUUGUGCAAUAAACCGAGGUAAUUUUCUGAAAAUUUUACAAAUGCGGGGGUACCCAAGGGUGAGAAAGAGUAACAGCCUGUGUCGCUUCCUGAUCUGACUGGGAAGGACAGUGAAUUAAAAGCACUUCUCUUCGUCAUCACGACUUUAUGGUGACUUUCUUAUUAUUAGGGUACUCGUUAGCUGUUUAGUAUGUGCCAAGCAUUGCUCUAAGCGCUGGAGUGGAUGCAAGGUUAUCAGGUUGGACACAGUCCCUGUCCCACAUGGGGCUCACAGUCUAGGUGGAAGGGGAGAAGUUUCCCGUCAUUAUGUCUUCAUCUUUCAUCUCCCUUUCAAUGCCCAAGUUCCCAGAGGGUUUGUGCUUUGACACGUUCUCUUGGCUCUGGCUGGAUUUUUGUUUCCCCCCCCAUCCGGUUGAGAAUCUUACCUCGCUUCAGUCUAGAUCAGCAUCUCCAUUCGAAAUGGAUGGAGGGAGAAUUUGGGUUAGGUAAGCCGGAGCUGAGAUUUUUGUUGACCCCUGAACCGAGGCAGGACCAAGUAAUAUUGGAACCGCCGACGUGGAAUUUUGCAAUUCCGCCAGUUGCCGAGAUGCCUCCCCGCUUCCUCAAAACCAUUCCAUUUGCCGGCCUGGAUUUACUCCAUUUGAUUCCCUCAUCCUUCAGGGAACGUUUUUCCAUCGAUGACUUUGCUCAUUUUCACUUGGUGAGGAGCUUUCUGCCUACCCCUGAAAAAUAGUCACUUUUAAAAACUCCUCUUGGGAGGGUCUGUUUAACUGAUCACCAGCAGUCCCGAAACCGGAAACAAAAAGCCCCACUUGGGUCCUUUGAAUUAAAAAAAAAAAUAGCAAAAACAGAAACAUUUUCUACCAUUUGAGUGUUAAAAGGUGUUCCUCCAUCAUUUUGGUCUAUGUACAGUUGUUUUUGGAUUUUUAAAAUAGUAUUUGUUAAGCGCUUACUGUGUUCCAGGCACUGUACUAAGCACUGGGAUAGAUACGAGCUA